GAACUGGGUCACAUGGUUGCACACUCGACUCUGAAACAGUCACUGCAAAACCAGUUCUUCACACCGGGAGUUGCGCCUCUAUAGCAGCUUUUCUCCUCUACUACUAUCUUUGUAUGGGACAUUAAAUGUUCCAGAUUCAGCUCAACUACAAACAGACGAGCUGGGUUCUUCUUUUUUGAUAGAAUUAACCCUUCUUCAAGGACGAAAAACUGCUCUUUAAGGGUCGUUUAAACCGGUCUCUGAAAACUUAUUGCUUCGGUUUCGUUUGAGAUUUUUCCCCCGGUGUACUUUAACUUUGUCUGUCACCUACGACGUGUUUUUUCCACCGGGUUUAGGUGCGUUAUUUCAAAUGUUGUAGCUUUAACAGUCAACCCGGAUCCAUCAGCGACUUUUCAGUUGCUGAACACAAACAGAAAAACGGCUUCAGCACUGAGGUAGCAUAGGAGGAGGAAAGCCCCCAAACUCAAAGGAUAUGGAGUCGACCAAAGCUGGAGGCGUAAUAGCCUACAUCAGCUCGUCCAGCUCCAGCUCUAGCCCGGAGUCGUGCCACAGUGACUCCUCCAACGGCAGCGACCAGUCAUCCUCGCCCUCCCACGGCUCCUCGCCUAACCGCAAUCAGCAGGGUCAGUGGGCUGACCCCACUCUCCCCACUGGGGACCAAAACCUUCCAGGGACUCAGAAAAGCGGACGCUCCUCCUCCACUGCCAAAUGUGGCAUCACAAAAAUCAACGGCCUGGUGCUGCUGUGUAAGGUGUGCGGAGACGUGGCCUCUGGUUUCCACUAUGGCGUCCACGCCUGCGAGGGCUGCAAGGGCUUCUUCAGGAGGAGCAUCCAGCAGAACAUCCAGUAUAAGAAGUGCCUUAAGAACGAGAGCUGCCCCAUCAUGAGGAUCAACCGGAACCGCUGCCAGCAGUGCCGCUUCAAGAAAUGCCUGAUGGUGGGGAUGUCCAGAGACUCUGUGCGCUUUGGCCGAAUCCCCAAGCGUGAGAAGCAGCGCAUGCUGCUGGAGAUGCAGAGUGCCAUGAACAACAUGAUGAACAACAGCCAGCUGCACAGCCAGCUGCACAGCAGCCAGACGCUACCUAUCGGCAAACCUCUGCCGGCCAGUGCCACAGAACCUACCUCAGAGAGCGCCGAGCCCGCCCCCUCCUGCUCCUCCUCAUCCUCCUCGCCGCGCUCCAGCCAAUCAGAUUCCAGCUCUGAGCCCGAACCCACCAUGGCCAUGGACACCAGCCCCAGCUCGGCCUCGCCCAGCGCGUCAGACAGCGGGGAGGAGGAGGUGAUCGGCUCGGUGACCAGGGCCCACCAGGAGACCUUCAUGUACAACCAGGAGCAGAGCACCCUGACCCCUGAGGCCCCGCCCCCCUCGGGAGCCCUCAACAACGGCUCAGCCGCAGACAUCAGCAACCUCCGUACAGAGGAGCGGCACGACGCCUGGAACCAUCACAACAACCUUGUCACCAUGGCAGCACAGGAGCCCCCCUCCAGCCUGGGGCCCCAGGGCCAGGAGGACAGCACCAUGAACCACUGCCCCUUCAGGGCCUCCAGGAGCGCUGCCCCCAGCCACUGUCCAGCCUACACACAUGGGGCUUUUGGCACUCCGGCCUCAGAGGGCCCCACCAACGGGGCCUACAGCGGGCCCCUGUGGAGAGGAGGAAACAGAAUGCAUCUGGUUUGUCCAAUGAACACCUCUCCUCGUGUGGACCCUCAGAAAUCUGGCCACGAGGUGUGGGAGGAGUUUUCUCACAGCUUCACCCCGGCUGUCAGGGAGGUGGUAGAGUUCGCCAAGAAAAUCCCAGGCUUCAGAGACCUGUCCCAGCACGACCAGGUCAGCCUGCUGAAGGCUGGCACCUUCGAGGUGUUGGUGGUUCGCUUCGCUUCUCUCUUCGAUGUGAAGGACCGCACAGUGACCUUCCUGGGUGGAAAGAAAUACAGCGUGGACACUCUGAGAGCAAUGGGGGCCGGUGACCUCCUCAACUCCAUGUUUGACUUCAGUGAUAAGCUCAUCAACCUGGGCCUCAGUGAGGAGGAGAUGAGCCUCUUCACUGCUGUGGUUCUGGUCUCUGCAGACCGCUCAGGCAUCGAGAACGUGAACUCCGUUGAGGCCCUCCAGGAGACCCUGAUCCGUGCCCUGAGGAGCCUCAUCACCAAGAACCACCCCAACGAGUCGGCCAUCUUCACCAAGCUGCUGCUCAAGCUGCCCGACCUGCGCUCCCUCAACAACAUGCACUCUGAGGAGCUGCUGGCCUUCAAGGUCCAUUCCUGAAGAUUCCUCUAGUACUUGAUACAAACUGUAAGGGCCUGUGACCGGACCUGGAGGCAUUACAGACCACCAGCUCGGCCUCGCCUACCCAACCACACUUGCACCUCCACAGUUCUCCCAUGAGACUUUGGGUUUUGUUCCAGCUAGAACUAAAGCUCAAACCUGACAUUUAAAGGAGGAAGACCAUAAAAUAUUCUUGUACUGUACUGUAGGGCGUAAAUGCCUGUGUAAUGGUAAUGCAGACAUACAGACACACUGAUUGGUGUAUAUGUUUCUUGUGUUUGUGUGUAGCAUACUGUAUGUUUGCAACUGACAACAUUAGAAGCACUUUUCUGUAUAGCGUAGAUUGGUAUUUUUGCAUUCAUAGUGCAAUAUGUGACUGCUUUUUGAUUUUAGCUGUAUAGUGAUGAGUCAAGAGACUUGUGUAUACGUUCAGUGACACACAUUCAUUUGGCUGGGUGCUCAACUCAUGUGAUGAGGGGGAAGUUGUAGAGCUAAAAACCCCUGGACACUGAAACACUGACGAGUUAGUUCUCUAUAAAAAACAAAAAAUAAGCAGACGACAAUGAGAGGAAUAUGGACGUAAAGCUGCUAAGAGUCCCAGAGAAAUCAGAGAAUGUUGUUGUAAUCUGAAUGACUUGUGUAUGGAAGCCCUGAGAGGUGUUUCUAAGUCUGAUCUAAAUUGUUUUCUCCCAUGUAACAACGGGUAAAGAAAAGGCUUUGCCAAUAUAACCUGUUAUCAUUUUUUGAGUUUGUGGUUGCAAUACUCACUUUGGCCACAAGAGGCUGAUGUGCACCACGACUCCAUGUGUUCUUCCAGGUGAGUUUUAAAUUUCUUUGUGCAACGUUUAGUUUACACUAGGGCUGAAACUAACGAUUAUUUUCAGAAUCGAUUAAUCUGUCGAUCAUUUAAACGAUUAAUCGAUUAGUUGUUUGGUCAAUAAAAUGCUCAAAUCUCUUGUUUUGUCCACAAACCAAAGAGAUAUUCAGUUUAUUGUCAUAAAGGAACAAAGAAACCAGAAAUAUUCACAUUGAAGAAGCUGAAAUCAGAGAAUUUGGACUUAUUGUCUAUAAAAAUAUAAAUAAUAAUAUAUAAAUAUAAAUAUAUAAAUAUAAUAUAAAGGUGCAGAAAUUCAGAAAGAUUAAAAAAAUUUGGGAGGCUGUGUAAGAAUGUAAACAAAAAAUGCAUCAAAUUGGGAAUAAGUGUAUAGAUUUGAAAAAUAUAUAUAUAUAUUUUCCAGUUUGAGCAUUGGAUAUCGUCUUUAUAUUCAAUUGAAUGUCGGUUACAAAAGAUCUGUCCCAACUUUUUUGGAAUCAGCGUUAAAUCUUUUUCUCACCUAUUCUCUUGUCAUAAACACAGGAGAAAACAAUCCAGAUCAGAAAUAGAAAAUGCAUUAGCAGAUAUUUUUUUGCACUUUUUCCUCUCAGGGCUUCCAUAAUUAGGAAAGAAAAGAUUAUUUCUGGCUUUUCAUGCAGUUGUUGCUAUGCUGCGGGUCAUUUUUCUUAAUUAUUAGGGCAUUGUGACAAAUCGGAUGUAUCAGUGUCACUGCAUUGCUCGCUGAUCUGUAGUAAUUGAGAACCAGUGAAGAUACAUAUUCCCGU